GUCUCCACCACGGCAGCAUUUCGCCUACCGGUCUCUUUACGCACCUAUCUCUCCCUCUCGCUCCCUACCCCCUUAUCGCCCCCUGCCGCCCCGCUCGACCCGUUUUCGCACCCCUCCUCCUCAUUCCCUCCCGCCCCCAAUCUGUCCCUCCGCGGCCGGUGCAUGCACGACACCGGAGGUGCAUGCACCCGCUACCUGCACCCUCCUCCUCCCCCCGCGCCGCCAGCUCCGCGCGAGCGUGUGGACGAAAGUGUCGGCGAGGCGGCGCGUUAGUGUGCGUGCGGUAUGAUGAAUGAACGACAUUUUAGAGGGACGGAAGUAGCGCGCGGUCCCGCGUAGCCCUUUCACACGAUCGUACGUCACGGACCACGCCGACACACGCCGGAUCCUCGCGAGAAGAUGCGCUUCGCGCGAGAGCCGCAGUCGUCCACGUGGAAGUACGGAGCAGCUGCGCUGGAAGGAUUUAGUGACGCGCCAGUUCUCUCUCUCUGUGAUUACGCGGGGCCCCCGCCUGCCCCGCGCUCGUUCAUUCGUGACGGCUGAUAGGGGCGAGAAGGUGCGCUGCUCGUGACGACUGUUCUCUAUCGCCACGAGAUGUUCCCUUUCGCCAGCGGACGCUGCUGCUACGACGACGACGACGACGAAGAAGCAGUGCACCGAGCGAUUCCCAGCGUUACGUCGAGCGAACAGCCGCGAACGGCCGCGUGUCGAGUCGACGAGCCCGCCAGGCUGCGCGUUAACCUGGGAUUUCUUAUCAAUCGCGAGUGCCAGUCGUGUCGCGCCGGGUGCACGUGGGAGUUCUUCACGCGCAGGCAGCACGGGGAUAAUGAACCGUAGAAGCAGCGGACCGCACGUGGUCGCUUCGGCGUGCUCGAUGUCCCGUGAAUAUCUCGUGACGACUGCUGUGUGCGAGCCGCCGUUCUGAGACCCUGCGAUCUGUUCCCAGUUGCCGAAUUCCACCACGAUAGAAACUUGGUGACUUUGAGGCUAUAAGGUCAUCGAUGAAAUCUCGUCGUCAACUAUCGGAAAAUUUGUAUCAGACAGUGCGUGUUGCAUCGACUGUAACAAAUGAAAAUCUGAUGGAACCAAGUCUGGAGAAUACGCUGCAUGUGGAAGAACUUCCCAGCCCAAAUGAAGAAACGUCACUCUGGUCGAGCCGUUGCGACUUUGAAGAGGCGGCCGCUCGCGCGCGACGUGAAAUGUACCGGAAACGAUGGACCGUGAAAGCAUUGGGGAUGGAUUUGCGGUGCGGCGGUGAUGGGACCGGUCGGCGCAAACCCUUCAAAAUGAUCUGCAUCUUCUUCCUCGCCAUGCUGCUGCACGGAAACACGGCGCACAUAUCGCGGCACUACAGGGCGGACGUCUUCCAAGAGCACGCGACGCCGUGGAAGGAAAGCGAGCCAUACUUCGACACCUCGGUAUCGGCCAACGUCACUGGCUUGGUCGGUAAGACUGUGGAGCUGCUGUGCAAGGUGAAGAAUCUCGGCAACAGAACGGUCUCGUGGGUGAGGCAUCGGGACAUCCACUUGUUGACGGUCGGUCGCUAUACUUACACAAGCGACCAGCGUUUCGAGGCAACGCACAAGUUCCACGGGGAGGAAUGGAAGCUGUGCAUACGAUACCCUCAGGAAAAGGAUUCCGGUGUCUACGAGUGCCAAAUAUCCACCACCCCGCCCAUCGGUCAUCGGAUUCACCUCACAGUGGUCGAGCCCGUGACGGAGAUAGCAGGUGGCCCGGAUCUGUUCAUCAACAAGGACAGCACGAUAAAUUUGACCUGCUACGUGAGAUUCGCGCCCGAGCCGCCGUCGACGAUCAUUUGGAGUCACAACCACCAGGCGAUUAACUUCGACUCACCGAGGGGCGGCAUCAACCUGCUAACGGAAAAGGGACCUGUGACUUCGAGCCGUUUACUCAUUCAGAAGGCGAUCGAGAAAGACUCCGGCCUUUACACGUGCUCGCCCACUAACACUCAUCCUAACAGCGUGCGGGUCCACAUAGUCAACGACGAACACCCAGCGGCAAUGCAUCACGGCGACGGCGACAGAAUGGCCGCGACGUCGCUUCCGGUCGUCCUACUUCUUUGGAUGAUAUUCUAGCCGACGCUAUGCACUCCGCCCGGUUGAAUGUGCGAAACUUAACGCGCGCCGGUCGCCUAACUCCCACACGAGAACCACCGCUUCGUGAGCUUCUGUGUCUCGCGGUUUUGUCUCCGGGGAUCCGACUCGCUGCGACGCACAUUCGACACGUCCGCCCUGUAAAAGUAGCGGAAUCUCAGCGUGAGUUCGCGCCGCGAGACGCUCCUCUCUCCCUCUCGUUGUGUCGCCCCGUUUCGUUGUCACGCCGCGAUUGGGAGGCGUCCGCUGCGUCGCGGAGGAUCCAAUUGCCGCGGCGUCGUCGCUUGUGAGACGCGAACUGAGGAACUGCACUGGUCGGAAGGGGUAGACGUAUCGGUGAAUGAUUGGCCGUGCCGUUAAGUAUAUCGAAUUCCGCGCACGCGAUGAGAUUCGCAGACCGAGAUUCAACUUCUUUCAUUCGUAUCGGAAGAAUUGUGUGUGAAAUAAGAAUGAUAAUUAUCAUUCUUAUUUCAGACAAUUAUAAUUGUCUUUUGGAAUUGUUUCUUUUUUGACAGAAGGUAACGAUAUUUUUUAACCACUCGUUCGCGCCAAUUCUACCGCAAGAGACAGACGAGAGUUCUUCCGCCGAUGAGGUAAACGUCCCAAUGGUUGGACACGUCCCAGUAUCCGAUCCCUUUGGAAAAAAAUAUUUACUAUUUAUUUUAACAAUAAUGAAUGAAAGUAAUAGUUGUAAAAAAGAACUCCAAUAUUUGAUGAUUAGUUGGAAAAAGAUAUAUCCAAUUAGAUACAUUUAUGUCAAAAUAAAA